CGAUGUCCGGAAUUCGUCAAUCAGAUAGACUUCAAAACCAUGGUGCUUGAACUUGUCGCGCCAUCCCUUGCCACGAAUCUGCGCAUGGUGUCGGGCCAUCAGUGCACCCCGAUUGCUCAUGAUAGUGCUAGUUCUGGGUUCGAUUUUUCGAGUGUUAUGAGGAUAUCCUUACUUAGGCUGAUAUCGGCCAUAGGCUGUGAAGCCCCAUGGCAGAUUUCUUCACAUUAUCGACCGUCUAAAGCAUAGUGACUAGCCAAGCUCGCAUUGCGAGCGCCAUAAGCCUAGUAUAUCUGGCACCACAAGAUCUGAAUCCAUCGGCUCAAUGGGAGAAUAGUGGCUUUUAGGUGUUCACAGAACGAGUCAUGCAUACUCGCUGUGAGGACCAAACGGGCCUGAAUCUGUCCAAUCAAUAAAAAAAACGUUCUAGCGGACGGUCAGAUGCAUUUGGG